UACUGUAUACUAUACUCUACUCUCUACCUCUAGACUGUAGAGUAAAGUAAACUUCAAACUAUUUAAAAAUGAGAAUAAUUGUAUAGUGUGAUGAAAAUUGAAAAUUUUAAUACUUUCUGGAAUUCACUACCUUCAUUCUCAUUAUUUUAGAAAUUCUACACGCCUUAUUAUGUUAACAGAACGCUUGAUGGUUGGCGAAUUUACGCUGUUGCUAUUGAGAGCUUAGUCAUCAGUGAUUAAUAAAUUGCCUUAAGCUUGUCACAGCUGCUUAGGUAAUUCCGAGAAUUCUCUCAAGUUAUUAAAUAUAUCUAAAUAAAAUGAGUGAAAUCAUCAGUUUAUCUAAAACAAUUGGUAUUUGGAUAUCUGAAAAAAAAAGUCAUAAACUCAAUUGGAAUGAAUUAUUAAAUGUUUGCCGGCGACAUGGAUACAAUCUAAUAAAAUUAAAUUUGGAUCAGCCUAUUGAGGAACAAGGAAAUUUAGACGUUUUUCUACACAAAUUAACAGAUAUUAUAGCUGCAUCAGACCAAGGUGAUUCUAAAGCUUCUGGUAUUAUUGGAAGAGUGGAGCAAUACAUAUCAAAUCAUCCAAAUGUUACUAUUAUAGAUCCAUUAAACAAUGUGAGAAUUUUGUUAAAUAGAUAUACAUACUACUCAAUUAUACAAGAAGAGACCUCUCUACAAAAAAUUGGUGUUUUCACACCAGCAUUUGCUAAAUUCACAACAAACAACAUAGAACAAAAUAUCGAGAUUAUGAAGCAGAGAGGAGUAACAUUCCCAGUUAUAUGUAAACCAACUUUAGCACAUGGCUCAAAAUUAGCCCAUGAAAUGAUUUUGGUUUGCAAUCAAAGAGGGUUAAAUGUAUGCAAACCACCCUGUGUUGUGCAAAGUUUUGUUAAUCAUAGUGCUGUUUUGUAUAAGGUUUUUGUUGUUGGUAAUAGAUAUCAUAUAUGCCAGCGACCCAGUCUAAAAAAUUUUUACCCAUCAGAUGAUAUGGAACCUAUAUACUAUACUACUGGCGAAGUAAGUAAAGCAUGCAGUCAGUCAACACUUUCUAUUUUAGACCCAAAUGAAGCCCAAUCAGAAAAAGUCAUUGACGAGGAUAAAGUAAGAAUGAUUAUCAAAGUAUUGAGAAGCAGAAUUGGUUUAUUACUCUUAGGAUUUGACAUUGUUAUUGACAAUUGGACAGGUAAUCAUGCAUUAAUAGAUAUAAAUGUUUUUCCGAGUUAUGAUUCAUUUCCAAAUUAUUUUGAAAAUUUAUUAGAUUGUAUUGAAGAGAACGUUAAAAAUAUUGAAAAUAGUUUUAAUGGAUUGAUUAAUGUAGGUUCUAAUACUAUUAGUGGAGUGACAGGAAUGAAUAUUAAUUAAGAUUAGCUUACAUAAAGUAAUUGGCACAAAAUUUGAAAAAAAGGAAUGACCUGUAUAUUGGCACAUGUUUUAAUACAAAAAUAUAUUAUUUUAUUUAGACUAACGCAUUUUGUGCAUUUGUAAAUACAAAAAGUAUUAAUUUGUUAAUAUUAUAGGCACUUUUUACAUGCCAUUGUUUUCUGGUAUAAGUCAAAAUGUUUUUUUUAGUAUUGCUUUAAUUUGAUAUUUGCUAACCCAAUAAUCUGAGAAUUACUUUAUCUAUCUGAUAUAAAGUAAAUUAGAUUGAUUUAACAAUGUUAUGGUUGGUCGACUCAUUUUCCGCAGUUAGACUGUCACUGGGUCCGUUGAGCGUAAAGUCCUGGCUUACUAAACCAGCCUAGCUCCUUCCAGAAGCACAGAAGUCUCCUGGGUAGUUCGACGAUAAAUACAAAAUAUUAAUUUGUUUUGAAACAAAAAAUCUAUUUUUUAAUGCUAAUGAUACAUGAAGUUUCUCAAAAUAAGCUUUCAAAAGUCCAAGAGUAAGAUUAAAACCCUUAUUUCUUAAACCUAGUUUAGAAGACCUAUUUGACAGUGCUCAAAAAGAAAUUGUUACUUGAGAUACACAUUGGUAUACUAGAGCUUCUUGUUAGUAAAAAUGGAGUAACCACUGAACCCACAAAGAUUAAGUAUAUUACACUUUUAACUAACAUUUCGUGCAGUGCAAUUUAAGAGACUAAUAAGUAUAUGAGUUAAGGCUAUAAUAGGACUGGUUAAGUUUUCUGAUAUGACCAGCCAGAACAUAUGUGAUUAAAUGGUAAAAUAACACACCUAUUUAGAGAACUAAUUGGAAUUGAUAUAUAUAAACCAUUACAUGCGAUAUUUAACGGAAAUACAGCUUUGUAAAAGUUUAAUUGGCCAAAAACUAUUUAAGAUGUCAUAAUUCUAAAUAGCUAGUCGUUCACCUCGUUUUAUUUUGCGUUUACUAAGUAAUAUUAAUUUAGAUCUAAAAAAAUCAUACUCAUGAUUUUUUGAAUGAUUUAUACUUAUUUUGUUUUUAUUGGUAUUGAUUUUAUUGUUUUGUACAGUGAAAACGAGCCCCUGCAAUAUUUCAACAAUAAAUAUUUCUCUAUGGCUAGCUAAAGGCUAUAUCUAAUACAAGUCAUAACCAAUUGUGCAUUUCUCAGGCGGUCAUCCGUCGUCCUAAAUUGACAAAUGACAGUCUAAAUUUAAAGUCAGACAUACCAAAAGGAAGGAAAUAGUUUUAAGUUUAAAAUGAGACCUCUAGUUGGCAAUUGAGCUAAUUUAUGUUAAACGAUGUCGUUAAUUGGAAUUAUAAUAGUUAAACUAUGCCAUUCCAGCUAUUUAAUUUAUGAGACUGAAUUUUUAUUAUAAGAUAUAUUUAAGUGUAAUUUGUUUAUCUAUAUAACAAUGUAACUACAGCUCCUAUAUUAAAAUAUUUAAUACAAA